AUGAGAAGCGCGUUUCAUAUUGAUGAGCCGCCGCCAGCCAAUGAAGCGGCGAGCGAGAGUCGCCGAAGUCCAGAGGAACGAGGCAAGGCGCGCCAGAACUUCUCUCCCUUUCGGAGGGCGCGCUGCUCUCUUGGGUUGCGUCCGGUGGAUCGCCGGCCGGGGAUCGCGCUGCCCUCGCAGGUGAUCCGCGUGAGCGGCGCUCCCCUCAAUUAG